AUCUAGCUGCGUCUCUAGUACGUGUACAGCAGUGGAACAUAGCGUGCUCCUCCGCGCCCGCCGCGCCUCCCGCCCUACUCCCUUUCUCUCUGCCGCCUCUCGCGCCGCUCUUGCCGUGCCUUCGCGGCGUGUAAUCGCGAGGAUUUGCCAUACUGUGGCGGCGGCUUGUAGCGGUCCCGCGUGAUUCCGGGUGCAUUUUGAGCGGAGCUUGUAGCGGUCCGGCGGCUUGUAGCGGUCCGGCGUCUUGUAGCGGUCAGGCGAGUGAUUUCGAGUCGCUGUCGCGCGUUUCCGACGCGUUCAUCUUAUUUAUCAUGAAGGAUCGCCAGCAGCAGCUCGCCCCGUCUCUCUCGAUCCGCUACUACUAGCUUCUCCUGCUGUCCUACGGCGACCGUUCCCCUGCAAGUCGCGUCUGCUUCGAUUUCACGGCAACUUUCCACAUCGCCUCACCCAAUCUUGCUUCUCCUAGCGAGCGCUCAGCUUCAACCUUAGACGCGCCAAUGGCUUCGCUACCAGCGAGUUGCCACGUGUCCCCAUCUCAUCGGACGCUCCUCCCGGUGCGGUCAAAUCCAGCCGUCGAUUUCAUUCGGACUGCGCGCCGAGCCCCUCCCCGCCGCCAGCGCGCCUUCCGCGUGUCCGUUCCGCGCGCGCAAGCCGACGACGGCCCGGCGCAGCGAAGCGGGCCGCGGUGGGACCCGUUAUUAGCAGACUCGGGAACGGACUGCCCGGUGCCGGAGGAGCAGCAGCCUAUUAACGAGUACCAGAGCCUGCUCGAGUCGGCCGUGUUCCCGUGGGUCACGCUGGACCGCCUCAGCUACGCGCUGCGCCUCGUCGGCGUCGGCGUGGCCGUUGCUGCGCUGAUUGGCUGGCCUGUCGCGUCGCUGACGUUCGACCCCAAGAGGGAUGCGCUACAGUGCCUACUGGGGUCGCUGGGCGGCGGGCAACUGGCGGUUACUUUGGCGGCGCUUCGGCUGUAUCUGGGGUGGUCGUACAUCGGCAACAGACUGUUCAGCGCUACAGUCGAAUACGAGGAGACGGGAUGGUAUGACGGCCAGGUUUGGGUGAAGACGCCGGAGCUGCUGGCGCGAGACAGACUGCUGGCCUCCUACAAGGUGAAGCCAGUCCUCAAUCGUCUUAAAACCACCCUGCUGGGUUUGGGCCUCUCACUCGCAGCCACCACUGCCCUCCUCUUCCUCCUCCCAUCCUCCGCCUCCUCCCCCUCGUCCCUCUCCAACCUCACUCCUGCCUCCUACAUCCCGGACUCAAGCGCCACAUCAGCACUGACAGCUCAGCAGGAGCAAAGAGCCGGUGACCCUUGGGCAGCAUUGCCUUCUUCAGGUGCUCCCAUCGCCAGCCCCACGCCCUCCCGCAGUACACCUGCCUACCGCUUCAAUUACCUCCUCCACCACACCACGAACCCGCCCACCUUCCUUCCCCACUCACCCUCCCUCACCCCACUCUCCUCAACAUUCCAUCUGCCCGGCUUCCUGCCGGUCAGCCUGCCCGGAAACCCUCUCCUCCCGCCUCCAUUCUCCAUAGAAGACGACUCGUUAUACUCUCAGAGCGAGGCAGCAGCAGUUGCACAGUCGCUCUCCGUCCCAUCCUCUAGAGUGAACGUGUUGAUCAUAGGCGAGCAACAGCAGCACCAGGGGGAUGCAGAGUGGGAGAUAGAUGCUGUCCCUGGUCGCCCUGGCUUGCCCACUAUUCUAGGAGUUGGCGUGCAGGCUGGAUCUGGGGGGGAGGCGAAUGUGGGUGUACCGUCGAUGCUGCUGAGGGGGAGGGAUCGAAGCGGGGGUGGUGGUGGUGGUGGUGGUGGUACUGUUAGGAUCUCGGAUCAUCUUGCGGUGGGGCCUAAUGGGGAGCUAAUUGUGGUCAAGUCCUUGCUGCCGUCGCAGGAGUGAUGGUGAGUAGUGGCAUGAACUAAUAUCACUGCUUGUAGAAAUGUUUUUUGGUUUGCCGCCUUUGUGUGGGCCUGAAAAACAGAAAAUGGGGUUAUCAGAUGGUUUUGAUUCACAUGUGCGAACCUUAGCUUUCACACAACCUUUAGCUUUCGCAUGAGCCUUUCAUAAUUCGUUAAGAA